AUGGAUUUCUUUAAUGCAUAUUUUUUAUCGUCGCCGGCAUCGGUUGUCGUGGCAUUGUUAACCGCCGCUUUCCUUUUCAACGAAGCUUGGCCGCGUUUCUCGCGACAAAAGAAAACAUAUAAGCUCUCUAAUGAGCCACUCGCUAAGAGUGGUUCUGGAUCUGGCCUAAGUGUUAUUAAAGAGCCCGAGGUUCCAGAGGGCUGGUUGACCGGUCGCGAUGUCUUCGAGCUGGAAAGACGCGCAUUGUUUAGCAAAUCUUGGUUGUAUCUUGCACAUCGAACUCAACUCACGAAGCCAGGUGCAUAUCAAUCAUUCGAUCUCGCUGGGUUCCCCGUCUUUUUGAUUCGCGGAAAAGAUAACCAAAUCCGCGCGUUCCACAAUGUCUGUCGCCAUCGUGCUUAUACAAUCACCCGGAAGGAAACCGGCGCAUCGACUGUCCUCGGCUGUAGAUAUCAUGGAUGGAGCUAUGAUACGGCUGGAAAAUUGGUCAAGGCUCCCCAGUUUGAAGAUAUACCGGGGUUCGAAAAGUCAGAAAACAGCCUGUUUGAAAUCCACACUCGAACCACCGACAGCGGACAUGUGUUCGUGAACCUGAAUGCAGAGGAUGCAAGUGCCUUUCACAGUUCCACUCUUUCGGCGUUGGAUGCAUUUUCAGACGCUGCUGUUUUGAGGUCAUCUGAAUGGGUCACAGGACAGACAUUAACAGCCAACUUUAAUUGGAAACUUGGACCAAGCGAUCGUCACCAUACAGCUCUCGCUGAACAACUCGAGGAGCGAGUGUCGGAAGCAGUUACGUCGUCCCUAUUAACCAAACUUGUCAAAAUUGCAACACAGACAAACAAACAAGCCGACCUCUCACUUUUCCCGGGUACCUUUUUAUAUUCAUUCAAAGAUGCUGGGCUGUGGCUCUCAUUAUCUUUCUUUCCAGCGUCCGAGACAAGCACGCACGUACGAUAUGAUUUAUUCGAUUGUGCUCCGAAGAUGACCACCGAUGAAGGUGCUCUUGCUCGGGCAAUCGAGGGGCCGAUGCAAGAUUUUGUCAAGGGCAUUGAGGCUGAAUACCGGUCUGUCGCAGCAGAACCAACAGAUCUUUCUCCAGGUGCGCGCGAAAUAUUGGGUUGUGUGCAAGAACACGCGAAAUUAGAGAGAGCUCGGGGUGGUCAAAUUCUCCCGGCAAUGCAUCAGCCGAAAGGGAGCUCCCUCUUUCAACAAGCUGAACAACUAUGCAAGGAGCUGGAUUGUUCUGGGCCAGGAUCACAUGGGAAUGGGAAUGGUACUACAUCAGGAGGGCUAGACUGGUAG